AUGAACUUCAUUUGGUUAAAACCUCCUGAAAACUUACUUGACAAUUUCGAUGUGGAGUUGCAAGAUUUUUACAGAGAAGUUCUCAGCAAAGAAGUAAGUGUGACAAAUAGGAACAACAUUUGUAAAAUUAAGGCAGCUUUAAAAGAAGUGGUCAGUGCUUAUACGAAGGAAACAGUCGAUGCUCUGUCGUCUCGAAUAAAAUUCGAUUCAGCUGCCAAGAGGUUUGCUUACAUUUUCAAGCACUGUCCGUGCUUCACAAGCGCCGUUGCAAGACAUUUCAAACAGAUUCUUGACAACGAUCAAACUAUUCUUUGGAAUAGCCUGCAGCGGAGGAAGCUGAACAUUUGCUGUCUUGGAGGCGGCCCUGCUUCAGAUGCUGUUGCCAUUUGCAGAGUGGUUAAUUCUGUGCAAAGUUGGUUCUGGAUUAGGGAUCCCAGACCCCUGGAGAUCACAGUUACAGUUGUGGAUCUGAACGAAGGAUGGAAAAACACUGCCAGGAACGUCCUAAAAACGCUGGAAGAAACGCCUCAUUUCUUCGAUUCAGAGAAAAUGAGUCUCAAUUUCAAAUUUUUCUCAACGGAUCUCACCAAGCCCAUGAACGAAGAAGUGCAAAAUGUGGUGAAAAGUGCAGACAUCGUCACGAUGGUGUAUUUCGUUUCUGCUGUUAAUGGUAGCAAGGUCAAGGACAAGGCUCCCCAAAUGAUACAGCAAAUAAUGACGAAUAUGAAGCCUGGAACCCUGCUGUUUUACCUAGAUUCUUCUAAAUAUCUUCAUUACGAAGGAAUUAGUGCGGUAGCAAAAAGUUUCAAAGAUCUGAACCAAGCUUAUGGACCUAAAUUGAGAGAGUUUCACACUUUAUCUCUGAACUCCGUAAAACGUUAUUUCAAAAUUUACUCCGGAAUUUUCCAAAACUAUCUCUGCCUAACAAAUUGCUUCGUGUCAGUUACAGCUUGGACAAAAAUGGAUGAAUUAGCGAUAAAUUCUGAGAAAGGCCCGUGCUAUCAGAGGGAAAUUGAAGAAAAGAUUUCUUACGGGAAAAAUUCUUGGCAUAAAAUGAUGUCAUACAAGUCUUAUAAAAUGUUCAGCUUCAGAGAAAAAUUGCGAAACUUGAUGAUGGAUGAGUUUGGAUUUCCUUUCUUUCUUGAAGACGUUGAAGAAGCUGAAAAUGGAACUGAUUGCAAAAAGCCGCAGAAAUUAAGCACACAGCACAAAAUAUUUUACCCAACGAAGUCUAAAAGAAAACGGAUAUAUUCCGAUGGCUAGUUAAGCAAAGAAAUAAUGAAAAACCGAAAGAUAUUAAUGUUUGUGGUUACAAAGAACCCUUCUAGUUUUGCCACAAUGUGCUGUGUAAUAGUUUUUCAAAGUUUGACUUUGACUGCAGUAACACUAAAGUCAUUGUGUCUGCUGUAGUAGGAAUCACGUCUGCGCAAUAGUUUUUACAUGCUGUUGCUGUCCUAUGCGAUAGUUUGACUUCAGUCACAAUAAAGACAUUGUGACUGCCAUGAUGAGCUGUGCAACAAUUUUUUAUAGUUUGACUGCAGUCGCAAUAAAGACAUUGUGACUGCUGUAGUGGGAAUCACGCCUGUGUAACAGUUUUGUUGUGCGGUGCUGUGCAACAAUUUUUUAUAGUUCCAUGGAGUCACAAUAAAGACAUUGUGACUGCUGCAGUCGUAAUCACGUCCUUGCCAGAGUUUUCCAUGCUGUGUUAUGCAAUAGUUUUGCCUAGUUUGACUGUAGUCUGGAAUUUUCAGAGACUGCAGUAGAAGAAAUAAGUGUGACUCUACAAUGUGUUUGACCGUAGUCGGAACCACGUCAAUAAAAUAGUUUUGAUCUGCUAGGUAAUGCAAUAGUUUUGCUAUGCUGUGCUAUGCAACAGUUUGGUACAGUUUGACUGUCACCAGAAUCACGUCUAUGCAAUAGUUGUGAAAAAGUAUGUUAUUCAACAGCUCUGCUAUGCUUUGCUAUGAAACUUUUGAAUAGUUUGACUGCAGUCGCAAUGUCUUCAUUGUCACAAUGUCUUCGCUGGGAUUUCAGUCAGGAUCAGUCUAAGCAAUAGUUUUGCAUAGUUUGAUUGCAGUCACAGUGUACAUUAUGACUGCUGCAAUCAAAAUCACUUCUAUGCAAUAGUUUGGCUAUGUUGUGCUACGCGAUAUUUUUUUUUUUUUUAACAUAUUUAAUAGCAGUCACAGCGAAGACAUUGUGCUGGCUGUUCUGUCCAGAAAUCACGUUUAGACAAAAGUUGUGGCAUACUGUGUAUGAUACCAGGACCUGGUAUAGUAUAGGAAGUUUUGCAUAGUUUGACUGGAGUCAUGAUUAAAAAUAUUGUCUUCAUAGUCAUAGUGUUUGAGUGGAUGGGAUUGUGGCUGCAGUCGGAAUCAAAUGUACUUAUUAUUUUUACACAGUUUCAUAGCAGUCACAGGAAAAUGACUGUACAACAACAUACAAAUGACUGUAACAAGUUUAUGAAAUACAUGUAGUUUUGUUUUGCAGUAGUUUUGUUUGCCCGUAAUCUCAAUGAAGAUAUUGUAAUUGCUGUAGUUGAAAUCAUGUUUAUACACUGUUUUUGAAAAUUUGUGCCAUAACAGCUUUGACUCUACAACAUCAUUUGUUUCCGAGCAAAAGAAAACGUUCUAUUUCCUAGCAUAUAAAUUUUAUGACUUGUGACAUGAUUUUUUU